AUGCCACCAGAAGGUGAAAGCAAUGUAGAAUGUCGUUCAGUUGAUAUACAACUUUACACCUGGUUAGGACCCGGUUUUGAAUCAGGUGAAUGUUGGUAUCAAGGACAUCGUUUUAUAAAUGGUGCCACCUGGGGCCGUAUUGAUAUAGCCGAUGCUCCAUAUUGUGUUUGUGAACAAGGUAAAGUUCGUAUUUUCUAUAGUCAAUUAAAGGCAGAGAAACCUGCUGUUAUUGCUGCUGAUUCAUUAACAAUACUCGGACCAGUACAUGGAUCAUCACCUUCAUCAAAUGAUUUAGCUCAUUGGCCUAUUCCAAAUACACCUACUAUACAACAACGAUCAGUUCUUUGUUCAAGUAAUCGACUUGGUGUACGUGUUCGAUCAAGAGAUGGUUGUGUUGGAUGUAAAUGUUCAAAGAAUGGACAUUGGCUAUGUAGAAAACCACCAUCGACAUUAUUAAAAAAAAAUCGAACAAUAAAUGUACGACAAAGAACAAAUCGGCCAAGAACAACAACACCGAGAAAUCAUCAUUAUCCAUAUAGUGAUUCAUCAAAUUCAGUUAAUGUUCGACUUCAUGUUCGUUCAUCACAUGUACGACCUCAAUGUUCAAACAAUACAAUACCACAAUAUUGUGUAUUAAUUGAACGUAUAUCAUCAUCAUCACCAUCAAAUAUUAGUGAAAAAUCCAGUCGUUAUAUUGAAAUACCUCGUGAAACAUCAUGGAUUGAUAAGAAUAAAUGUACCCAAUGUUCCUGUACAUUAAGUGGACGUUUAACAUGUGAAUUUCUUCAUGAUAGAUGUUCUCGUGCUUGUCUUAUACAUAAAUCACAACCGAUUUCAAUUAUAUAUUAUUUUCCAUCAGGUUCAAAAUGGCUCACACCACCAAAUGAUAAAUGUCGUUCUUGUAUAUGUGUUAAUGGACAAAGAACAUGUAUUAAUUGUGAUCAAACUGUUAAGAUUGAUAUUGCAGCUGCUGCUACAGCAUUAAAUAAUAUUCAGAAACGACCUGCCAUUGGUGAAUAUAGUCUAUUACCAUUAAAAUCACAAUCUACUAAGACAACACCAUGUUUAUUACAAAUUAAUACGAGUUCACAUCGUUUAAUUUUACCAGGACAAAAAACAUGGUUUAAAGAACGUUGUUAUAUCUGUUCAAAACACUCUAGUCGACUUCUAUCUUGUUAA